GGCCGUUAGGUAGCGGUCCAGCUAACUUUACAGCUAACUAUGCCUGGGAAAUGCAAAUUCCAGGACUCCUGGCUCGCAAAGGACAUCUACAAGGAAUGGCUGGUUAAGGACGGCCAGGACAUUCACUUCGCCCGCUGCCGGGCCUGUUGUAAAUCCAUCAAACUUCAGACGAUGGGCGAGGCAGCCCUCACCAGCCACGCAGGGGGAGCUGGCCACAAAGCGGCGGUCCGCAAGCUAGUGGAAGCAGGCAAACUGAUGUUGAUAAAUUCUGAUGGGCAGAUGAACGGCAGCAUGAAUCCGACGGAGGACAUCAAGGACCAAGUGGCCAUCUGUCUUCAGCGUGACACCUCGGACAGAGUGCCCAGCAGCGACUGGUCAGAUCUGCACCACAGCUCCACCACAAACUCCACCUCCCACAAUGCCGAGCUGCAGGACGUGACAUUUCCUACUGCCUUUUUCACAGCGCCAGGAACCUCCAGACUCAUCGGCCAGCGCCUCCACCCGUCCGACUCGACGGAGGACGCCGGCCACCGCUCGGCUCAGCACGACCCGGCGGACCUGUCGAGGCUGGAGCACCAGCAGAGGUCGGAGGCUCUGGAGCAGCAGCAGCAGAUGAAGAUCCUGGAGUGGGAGAACAGGAUGAAGGUGCUGGCCUGGGAGCAGGAGCUGGUGAGGGAGAAGAGGAGGGCGGCCCAGCAGAAGGAGAAGGCCUUCAGGAUGAAGAAGGCUUACUACAAGGCCAAGCUAAAGAGGAUGGGCGAGGAGGUGCCGCGCUCCUCCUCCAGCAGCAGCAGCGAGGAGGAGGACAAGACGUCGGAUCCGACGGGUUGAUCGGCUUCAUUUGGACUUUUAAUGUUCUUGUAUUGUUUUGUCUAAGUACCAUGGAACUGUUACUAUUUUUAUACAUUUAUACAUCGCUGUUGACUUUUCCUAUCGAGUGAACCAGACCUGUUGGGUUCUGUUGAGGCAGAAUGCAGUGGGGAGAUGCAGAAGUUAGAUAGCAGAGUGCUCAGAAGUACUGAAGUACCAACCAAUCCCUCUGCAGUGUGACCGAGAGCUUUUCUGUCUAAGUGAACUUUCUCACAGUUGGCCUUAAGAGAGAAUUAUUGGUCCUGAUUUUUAGGGCUGGACCCGAAUAGCCGACUGUUUGUUCGCUGUGCUGGGACGAAUUGUCACCCGCCACCACCUCCCAACUAUUCGGGAUAUCCGGAGAACAGACAUGGCUAUUGGGACCAGCCCUACUAGUUUUACAGGAGACCUUUCUAUAGACAUGGGAAUGUUGUAAAAUAGAAAUACUUUGUUUGCACAGCUUGUUGAGUUGAGAUCAAAAUGUUCUGUUUGAGUUUCACACCACGUGGCUUUGAUAUUAAAAAUAACGCCAGAAUCAUG